CUUGGUAGAAUAUCACUAUAUGAAUUCGUAAUUAGAACUCUACUUUGAUUACCGUUUACAGUGCCAUUUCAGAGUCCUUAAAUAACAUUCUGGCUUUUAUAUCACUGGGUCAAAGAGGAAUGCCAACUGUGCUGAACUGUGAGAAAGAAAUAAUAUUUGAGGGAAACGCAGCAGAUUAGUUUUCAGCGAAGUGUGUCAUAUAGUGAAGAAACUAAAUGUAACAAGGGAUGUAAAAAAAAGUGUUAUGAAUAUAUGUAUGCUUGUCUGCAGAGAAAAGGUAUGACAUAUAUAUAGUAUAUCAUAAUUAAAUUAAAUGUGAAUAUGCUUCUUCAUAUCGGACAGAAAUGUCAUAUGCGGUGAGUCAUUUUGAAAAGCUCGUGGAUAAACAUAUAGGAGAAAACAAUUUGUGUGAAAGCGACUAAGCAUUUGAAAUAAGCAGGAUUUUUAAGUAUAAUAUAUUUAUUAACACAACAAAAUCGUCAUCCUUGUACAUCUUAAACAUGUUAUAGUGUAACUAAGAUUCACUUGGACAAUUUUGGUUUUACAUUUAAAUGCGAAGCUGCAUCGUGGACGGAAAAACAUCCAUCAUAAGUUAUUUUAAAAAUAGAACAAAUUUUUAAUUUAUUGAGUAAGAGGGUAAUUUUGUGAAACCUUAAAAAUGUUUUCAUUGACUAGAAAUUCAUUAGUAUUUUUGGAUAAAAUGAAGAAUCUUGAUGAGCAAUUCUGUUAGCACUGUAUAGUCUCAUCUACCUGUGCAUAGGAAAAACCCAGAAUAUAUGCAAAUUAAUUUCCUGUUUUUUGUUGAUGCACUUUCUUGAAAUGUCAUUUCCUAAAUCUCUCCAUACCAGUAUUUGUUUUCAUACGGAAAGCAAGACUGCAUAGCUGACUUGUUUAUUAUUAUUUUUAAUACUGCAAUUAGUUUUUAGUAAAAUGUCCUGUAUUAUCUGUAUUUGAAAUCUGGUAAUGAUAGGUAUAUUACCAAACAUUUAAAGUAAAAAACUGUUUAAAUAUAACUGUUGCAUUUCAUACAGGAAAGGAAACUCAUCUAUGUAAUAUAUAUAAGAAAUGGUUUUCUUGAAAGAGUACUUCAAGUAUACGUAUGCUUAUUCACACAGAAGAGAAACCUUGUGUGCUUGAGGUAUGUAACAAUACAUCUCUUUUAAAAGGGUAACUUAUAUAUAUGCUUAUUCACACCAGACAGAAACCUUAUGUGUAUGAAGUAUGUAAGUCAUCAUUUAGCCAAAAGAGUACUUUAAAUAUGCAUAUACAUAUUCACUCAGGAGAAGAGCCGUCUCAUUUUUGUGAGAUAUGUGAAAAGUCCUUUAGUCAAAAGAAUUACUUAAAUAAGAAUAUGCUUAUUCACAGAGAAAACAGUCAUGUGUGUGAGGUAUGCAACAAGUCAUUUAAUCAAAAGGGUAACUUAAAUAGACAUAUGUUUAUACACACAGGACGGAAACCUUAUAUGUGUGAAGUUUGCAAGACAUCAUUUAGUCAAAAGAAUACUUUAAUUAGCCAUAUGCUUUUUCACACAGGAGAAAGGCCCUAUGUGUGCGAGGUAUGCAACAAGUCAUUUAAUCUAAAAGGUGGCUUAAAUAGACAUAUACUUAUUCACACAAGACAAAAACCUUAUAUGUGUGAAGUAUGUAAGACAUCAUUUAGUCAAAAGAGUACUUUAAAUAUCCAUAUGCGUAUUCACACUGCAGAAAAGCCUUAUGUCUGCGAGGUGUGCAACAAGUCAUUUAAUCGAAAGGGUGACUUAGAUAGACAUACGCUUAUACACACAAGACAGAAACCUUAUAUGUGUGAAGUAUGUAAGACAUCAUUUGCUAGAAAGAAUACUUUGAAUACACAUAUGCUGAUUCACACAGGUGAAAAGCCUUAUGUGUGCGAGGUAUGCAACAAGUCAUUUAAUCAAAAGGGUGGCUUAAAUAAACAUAUGCUUAUUCACACAAGACAGAAAACUCAUAUGUGUGAAGUUUGCAUGACAUCAUUUAGUCAAAAGAAUACUUUAAAUAGGCAUAUGCUGAUUCACACAGGCGAAAAGCCUCAUAUGUGUGAGGUAUGCAACAAGUCAUUUAAUCGAAAGGCUCGCUUAAAUAAGCAUAUGCUUAUUCACACAUGACAGAAACCACGUGUGAAUUAUGUAAGACAUCAUUUAGUUAAAAGAGCACUUUAAAUAUCCAUAUUCAUAUUCACACUACUGAAAAGCCUCAUGAGGUAUGCCACAAGUCAUUUAGUCAAAAGGUUGAUGUAAAUAUGCAUAAUUUUAUUUACACAAGAAAGAAACCGUAUUUCGUCUGAGAUAAGUCAUCAUUAAGUCAAAACGGUACUUUAAAUAUGCAUGUGUGUAUUCAAACUGGAGAAAAGCCUUAUGUGUAUGAGGUAUGUAACAAGUCAUUUAUUCAGAAGUGUCCCUUAAAUACGCAUAGGGUUAUUCACAUGAGAAAUUAACCUUAUAUGUGUGAAGUAUGUAAUACAUUUAGUCAAAAGAGUACUUUAAAUAACCAUAUGCAUAUUCAGGAUUGAAGAAAAGCCUCAUGUGCAAGGUAUGCAACAAGUCAUUUAAUCGAAAGGUUAAUUUAAAUAUACAUAUGCUUAUUUACGUAAGACAGAAUAUUAUAUGUGUGAAGUAUGUAAGACAUCAUUUAGUUAAAAGAGUACACAUAUAUGCUUAUUAACACAAGACAAAAGUCUCAUUUGUGCAAGGAAUGUGACAAGUCAUUUAGUAGAGAGAAUGACUUAGAUAUAGGGGUGUUUGUGCUCCGGGGAAACCCCAGAAUUCCGGGGAUUUUGAACUUCGAUACCCGGAAAUUUCGGGGAUCGUCGUUCGAAAGAAAGUAGGAAUAAUAAUGAAUUAUUUAUUUUGAUCUGGGUAAUUUUGUUUGCUUUGAAAGAAGAAAACGCAAGGUCAGUGUGUGUGGUGAAA